AUGCGGUUUUCUGCUUUGCUUUAUGCUAUUUGGGGGGCCAAUUCAGUUCUGUCUUCGGCUGUUGUCAUGCGAGAUGAUGCUCAUUCUAUCACCGUUGGUCCAGCAGACGCAAGUCAUAUUAGCGUCUAUGACAAAUCACUCAAACAUGUUGAUGGCGAAUUCAAACAUUGGAAAACUUUCAGCGUCAAUCAUACCUUUCCUUCAAACAAGACUUUGCUUUAUGGGUACGUCUUUUGAAUAGCGAUUUUGAGGCAAGUUAGAGCUGACCUUCUUUCAGAGAACUCGGACACGGAAAGAAGAAUGACAAAGGGCACAUGGACUGGAGAGGAUUAUAUUACCAAGUUGUCUGCGUUUCGUGUGUAACUACUGGCACCAUUGAGGUCUUUAGCUCCGGCAUAGAGGUUGAUGAAAAGGCACUGAACCCAUUGAAAUUAAUCAAAGAGCAUCACGACCACCACAACGCAACUGAGAUCAUCAAAGAUGCGAUCAAUCUACCUAUCCGAGUCCACAUGAAGAAUCUUGGCGCCCAUUUCGUGAUCAAGGCCGCUUUCUAUGCGGGUGGAUUUUAUGUGAUCCCUAUGUUCAAAUCCGAGACACCACUCGGGAUUGAAAUCGACGAAAAAAACAAGCUUGGUCUUAUCCUCAGUCUCAGUCUCAUCUUGGGUCCGGGUGCUGGAAUAGAUUUCACGUUCGGAUGGGAUGUGGUUUUCCCACAAGAUAUCACCUACGUCCUCGAUGCCAUCAAUGGCGACAUCCUCGAAAUGUUUCUGUAGGUCCAUUCGGGUCCGGUCAUUUGUGAGAUUACUAACGGGUUAUUUAGCGACGGUGCGUCGGUCCAAGAGAUUCCUGUCCAGUUCAAUAGUGGCUCUAUCGGUUUCACUGCCUGGCUGCGUCUCAAGCUGCAGGUUGCUGCGGCCGUGGAAGUCGGCGGUGUGGGCGUCAACAUUGCGGCUGGUGUCUUUUACGAUCUGAUGCAGUAUAAAUUGAAACUCACCUACGAGCCCCGAGCCGUCUCGAAUUGCACGCUGGAAUUGUCACAGGCCAUGUUCCAGGAUUAUGCAGGUUUUGCCAUUGCCGAAGUGGACAAGAACGGAUUCAAUCUCAAUAUUGGUCCAACCUUCAUCUCUACCUUUGUGACACUCGACUUGGGAAAGACCUGCUUCAAACAUCAUGCUACUCCCACAGCGGCCAUCAUCCCAACCUCGAGACCGGAACUGCCUGCAUCGGCACCCGCUGGUCCAGCUCAUACUGCCGGCCUUGUUGCUCGUCACGUGGUCCCUACCGCCAGUCCAACCGUCUCGCCUAACAUUGGUACUUCCAACACCCUCCCAAUGACAACCUCGACCGUCACCUCAACCUCCUAUUCCACACGCACAACUUGCGCGCCCCACGCAACGGAUUGCUCUGGAAGAGUCGAGCAGGUGGUGAGCAAAAUCAUUGUCACAACAACCAUUUGCCCCGUUUCAAUCGUGGCUUCGAGUGUUCUCAACAACUCUUCAUCCGUCACACCCAGUGGCACGACGAUCAUGAUAUCUUCAUCCCCAUCGCCUUCACCAACCACCGUGGAAUUCACUACGCGUACUUUGUACGAUGACGAAGUCUUCACCGUCACAUCUUGCAAAUCCAUGUGGGAUUACUGUCCCACACAUCUCCAGGUCCCGCUGGUUCAAACCGUGCCAGUGGUUCGAUACGUAACCGUCUGUCCCAUUGACCAGACCGAGUUCCCUUCUGUCUCGACAGCAGCGUCUGUUCAAACUCCAAUCAGUGGUAUUCCGGCCUCAAUUACAGCAGAUAUGUCUGAACCCGUUCCCACGCCACCACAGAGAAUCAUCAUCGACAACCCACGGUAUAUGGUAGUACUCGAGACCCCAAUCAUCAGAUCACUUGACAUGUACGUUCCACCAGUUCCAACAGCUAUCUUCGUAGCAAACGCCACCAUCCCGCUUUCGGCCACAAACAAACAUCCCAACCCCAUCAUGAACCCCUCUAAAGCUAUUACGACAUCAAGAGGAGCAGCUACUUCUUCUGGCUUGCUAAACCCAACCGCAGCACCCAUUCCAAGCUUGGUACAGGUUGGUCAUGCGGCGACCCUAGCUGCUAGCUCGAUAGGGUGCGUAUUUGCGGGAAUGUUUAUGAGUUUGUGGAUAUAA